AUGACUGGUAAAAAAGACCUUUAUCGAGCUGCUGCAAUCAGAGCUCUGUGCAGCAUAACAGAUAGUAGUAUGAUACAAGCCAUUGAGCGUUACAUGAAGCAAGCCAUUGUUGAUAAAAAUGCGGCAGUAAGUUCAUCUGCUUUAGUGUCUACUAUACAUUUAUCUGCAUCUAUACCAGAUUUAACUCGUCGAUGGGCAAAUGAAGCACAGGAAGUUAUUCACUCCGAUAAUGUGAUGGUAUCAUAUCACGCACUUGCUGUAGCUGGUAGUGCUAAACGUACCGAUCGAUUGUCUAUGGUGAAAUUAGUUACAAAGUUUUCACGUCCACCUCUUCGGUCGCCAUACGCGCUUUGUCUUCUUAUUCGCUAUUCUGCAAAGUUGGCUGAAGAAGACCCCAGUAAUGCUUCUGAAUGUUUCAUGGAGUUUAUAGAAUCCUGCCUUCGUCACAAAUCGGAAAUGGUGGUUUAUGAAGCAGCACAUGCAGUUAUUCAUUUAAGAAAAUCAGCUAGAGAUCUAGCACAAGCCGUGUCUGUAUUACAAAUCUUCUGUGGUUCAUCGAAAGCCACUUUGCGGCUUGCAGGUGCUCGCACUCUUGCCAAACUUACUGCGAGACAUCCCAAUGCUAUAUCAGCGUGCACAGUUGAUCUUGAAAAUUUAAUUUCGGAUCCUAAUCGCUCUGUAGCUACUUUGGCUGUUACCACACUCCUGGCUACUGGUGCUGAAACAUCUAUCGACCGGCUCAUGAAGCAAAUAACUAGCUUUAUUUCAGAAAUUCCAGAUGAAUUCAAAAUUGUAGUUGUAAGUGCCAUUAGACGCCUUUGCACAAAGUACCCAAGGAAACACCAAGUCUUGGCUUCCUUUCUGGCUGGAAUGCUUAGGGAUGAAGGUGGUGUGCAAUAUAAAACUACCAUUGCUGAUGCCAUCAUUGCAUUGAUUGAAGAAAAUCCAGAAGCUAGGGAAACUGGUCUGGCACAUUUGUGCGAAUUUAUUGAAGACUGUGAACAUACAUCUCUCGCUGUCCGUAUAUUGCAUGUUUUAGGUCGUGAAGGUCCAAAAGCACGUCAGCCUUCAAGAUACAUCAGAUAUAUUUACAACAGAGUAAUUUUGGAGGCCGGCCCUGUAAGAGCUGCGGCUGUGUCUGCAGUCGCUCGAUUCGGUGCCGCACGUGCCGAACUUCUUCCAAACAUAAGAGUGUUGCUCACUAGGUGCAAAUUAGAUGAUGACGAUGAAGUGCGGGACAGGGCAAUUUUUUACAGUGCCAUCUUGGACUCUGAUGAUCCGCAGCUUGUCGAUGAAUAUAUGACCAACGUGCCCAUACCUAAUUUGGAAAUUUUGGAACAAUCCCUUCAAAACCACAUAAGAACAAACCCUGAUGAACCAUUUGAUAUUAAUUCUGUUCCAACAGUAGACGAAACUAAAAAGGCUGCUGAAGCCGCAGAAGCAGAAGCAAUUACUCAAAACACUAUAUCUCUUGAGGAACAAUAUAAAGAGCAAAUGAAGGUUAUCCCGUUUGUUGAGAGGUUCGGUCGAAUAUUUAAGUCAUGCAAACCUAUCGACCUUACGGAGUCUGAAACAGAGUACCGAGUGCGAUGUGUAAAACAUAUUUUUGCACAUCAUUUAGUCCUUCAAUUUGAAAUUAUAAAUACGUUGAAUGACCAAUUUCUUGAAAAAGUCUAUGUAUGUUUGGGAACUGUUCCUGGCUAUGAAUUCAUUGGUGAGGCCAUUUGCGAGAAACUGGUUUAUGAUAUACCAGGAAACGUAUUUUGUGUAUUAGAAUUCCCAAAAGUUCCUCUGGAUACACUGGGGAGCUUUGGAACGAUAUUAGAGUUUGUGGUGCGUGAUUGUAAUCCGAAAACAGGUCUGCCUGAUGCAAGCGAUGGCUAUGCUGAUACAUAUCCCUUAGAAGAAGUUGAAAUAGGUUGCGCUGAUCAGUUUAAGCUUCAAGCAGCAACAGAUGAAUGGGAAGCUUCAUGGGAAGAAGCAGCCUCAGUACACGAAGCGUGUGACACUUUUGGAUUGUCACAGGCUGACAUAGGUGACGCAGCGAUAGCUGUUUGUGAACAUUUAGAUAUGCCAAAAUCUGCUAUAUCUGGAGGGGAUACAGUCAAGGAGAUUCGAGGUGGAGGCCUGUGGCGUGAAAAUGUUCCUGUGCUAAUCAAAGCUCGACUGGCCGCACCUCAGGGCUCUGUAACUAUGCAACUUACCGUUAGGAGCCCCAGUGAGGAGAUUGCUACAUUUAUGCUUGCUGCGGUUGGC